AUGAACAACUCCAGCAGCUCGGGAAAGAGGUCUGGCGGUCCAGGCAGCCUGUCCCUGCGCCUAACUCGCAGCCUCCUGCUGCCGCCCACAUCCCCAAUCUACUCCUCGCUGACCAGCCGCCCGCCUGGUAGUAGUAGUGACGACCCCGCUCCUGGCUUCGGCAUCCGCCCUGACUCAGCCAUUGCUGCCCCUUCGACGGGCGCGCCACUAGCGUGCGACCUGUUCGGCCCUGUGCUGACCCCACCGGCUGCUGUGCCUGACCAGCCGCUCACCGAGCUGCAGUUCCUAAUGGCCCCUCCCCUCACUCCCUCUGCUGGCCAGCUGGUCGCCGACAAGAGCCCCAGCCCUUCGGCCACCAUUCACUUCACCAUGCAUGAGUCGCAGAUCCCGGCCUGGCUUGAUAAGGAGCAGAAGGUAGGGAACUUCCGGUUUGUCCAGUGCGGCGGCAAGAAGAAGCGCGUGCGCGGAUGGUACUGCAAGCCAAAGAUAAAAUUCGCAGUGCUGGAGGGCCGGGUUGCAAAGAACACGAGGAAGUCAAAGAAGGUCGGGUGUCCGUGCGCCGCCUAUGUGACCUGCGAUAUCGAUGGGACCGCCACCAUCCGCUACUUCCCGAUGCACCAUGGCCACGAGCUGACCAAGAAGAGCGCCAGGAAACACAGCAGACGUGUGGCCAGAAACAGCUCGUCGGAAUCCUCGUCAACCACGCUGCCGACCGAGCCCCUGAGCCCCAUGGCCUCGUCGGCCAGCACGCACAUUGCCGGGGCCGGAGCGCUGGCAAGUGCUGGCGAGCUGUCCAAACUGUAUGCGCAGGACAUACAGAUUGCGCCUGCCCCGGCGCCCUACGCAACCACCGGCCUGACUCAGUGGAUGGCGCUGUGGAAGACUCUUGGCCAUCUGCCGUUUGUCGAAACAGAGCCAUUCUCGUUUGGCUUUGUGCGUGCGCAGGCAGCAUCGUGCCUUCCAUCGCCAACAGACCACUGUCCGUCGCUUGUCUUGUCGCUGGAACGCGCUAUGGGCACCAACAUCAACGGAUACCCGCUGUAUACGCUGUCUGUGCUUGACCCCGAGGACUCGUCGUCCGAGCACCUGGCAUACCUGCGCUGGCUCGUGCAUCUGCGGGAUACGCUCCAUAUGAGUCCGCAGACGUGUAUCCUCGACCCUGACGACAUCGCAGGGCAUGCUGCUGUUAACAUGGCGUUUGGCAGCGAGUGUCUGGUGCUCUGGGUGCUCGAUUGCACAAAGUGCUGGUGGCUGGCAGUCGAGCUGCCGUCGUUUGCUGAUAUCCGCGCUCCCAAGUAUGGCAAUGUGCGGCCAGUGGAGGAGAUUAUCUGGACGCUGCUUGCGCUGGCUAUCGAGGGUGAUCCGCCUGGGCACGCAGCAGGCACGAUCCUUAGCGCAGGCGUCACUGCUGCUACGCUCCACUACGUCAUGCCUGGGAUCAGUGCUGCCAACUGCUUGGGCUACGCUCUCAAUAUGAAAAACCCACACACGCUCAAUUCGGUGCUGGAAUUGGAGCAGGAGUCGGGGCAGGAGUCGGAGCGGGAGUCGGUGCUGGUGUUGGUGCUGGUGUUGGCGCUGGUGUUGGCGCUGGGUACGGGCUGUUUGGUGGAGGCUAUGGCAUUGGCGGCGGAUACGGUAUGUUUGGCGGUUACGGCGCUGGUUUGGGAGCGGGAGUCGGGGCAGGAGUUGGAGCGGGAGUCGGUGCAGGAGUCGGUGCUGGGGUUGGCGCUGGGGUUGGAGCCGGAGUUGGGGCUGGCAUUCCACCGUUUGGCGGCUUUGAUUUCACUCGGUAUCUGA